AUGGCAGCACUCUCCAGUGCCAGCAGCUACAAUGCCUCCGCAAUUCUCCAGGCGCAACCUCUUCCUCCUAAUCCUUAUAUCGAUGUCGUCCAGUCAGCGCUCUACAACGCGUAUGAUCAAUGUCUUCAAGCCGAGUGGGCAGCAGGCAGCGACCUAAAGCUCCUCAUGUACGCUCGUUGCUUGGGCUACUUGAUCCAUGAGGCCCCCGAUGACGAAGCACGGUGCCACGUUUCGGAAGAAAUUCUGUUGUGCGAGAGAGAUCCGGAGUCAAUGAACUUACUGGCUCAAUUUUAUAUUGAUCAUUUAUUUCGCCUUUUUCGCCAGAAUAGAGGGCGCACACCCUCACCAUCUCGUCAUUCAAGCUGCCCCUACCCCGAAGAUUUCCUUUCAUCUACGGUUGACCCAGCUCCUAAAGAACACACUGCAGCUAAGAAUGCGGCCCUGCGACGCGACAAUUAUCGCUGUAUGGUCACCGGGGCCGUCGAUUUGUAUAGUUUCAAAAAUAUGACGGAUGACCAAAAAGCCGCGCAUAACCUCACCAGCGUUUUUAAUAUCGCGCACACCAACUUUUGCCACAUCUUCCCUCCUUCAAUCAACUGGGAUCUCAAGCCGGAUGAGCACGGACACCCUAAAACCCGCUAUUCAGGAAAUAUAUGGGACAUGGUCAACUGCUUCGGUGGCAUUAAUGUCCUCAAUGAGCUGAAUGGUGACAUGGCUCAUAGGUCGUCCAAUGGGCUGAGCAUGAGCAUGGAACUGCGUCACUAUUUUGAUGACUUUAAUAUGUGGUUUGAGGAAGUUCCGAACAAUCUUCACACUUAUCACGUCUGCUCCGCGUUCCCGCGCCUGCAAGGUCUUUCGCAGCUUGGGCCGAAUCCUGUUGUCACGUUCGCCACAACGGCCGACUUGGAGCUGCCGGACCCCAGAUACUUGAACUCGUAUGACCGCGAGCUGGAAGAGCGGAAGGUCCUGGCUCCUGAUGGCUCUUCGGGGGAGUUGCUCUCUUCUCAGCUUCGUAGAGCGCUUCUUGUACGCACAGCUUGA